GUGCUGGGGCCCCCGAUUUGAUAGCAAUACUGGAACACAGAUUGGCAUCAGAAACAUCGUUGGCCCCAAUGCUCAUGGGGUCCCCGGCCAGUGCCCAUUGUACUCAUACGUUAAGAUGGCCCUGUGGGCAGAAACAGUCCAUGCCGUUAAGGCUUUCAGGUUAUUGCUCUCUCCCCUGUAAUCAGUCUGUCCAAUUUCCCUUCCUCCACGUACAGUGUCCAUACUACGACAAGGGCGUUGUGGCCGGGUCAUUAACGUCACCCUCUCUCUCUUUCUUUCUUUGGUCCGCUUGUUCCUAAAACGCCCAGCCUUUUUUGCCUUAUUAGAGAAAUAAAGGCGAGAACCUCCGGCAAGCUGCUGUUUCCUGACCCGGGAUCAGAGAGGAAGGAAGUUUGUAGGCGGGACAAUCAGCGAAUCGACUUUCAGUUUAGCCAAAGUGAACUGGUGUGGGUGGAUGGGGUGGUUUUCCCGAUCGAUCAAACAGAAAAACUCCAAUUCGAAAUAUUGGAACGAACGACCAUUGAGCCGGUGAAGUUAGACAGACGAAGUUGGGCCGUAAAAAGUUGUCAGAAUGGACGGAAGGUAGCAGUGGAGUCGCUAAAGAGGCGAGCAGGUUUUUAAUGGGAGGGCGGGGAGGUAAAUGAAUAGAAAAGGCGUCCGGACUCGGGGCGUCAAAUGCUCCCCAGUCACCGUCAUCUGAGUGUUCCAAUGCCGCUCGGUUUGCUCUGACUUGCAUUUUAAUUGCAACUCACCGAAGUGACAUUCGCAUUCAGACAGACUGAAUAGAAUGAUCUCCAUAUCAGCAGGAAGCAGAACUGAAGAUUCUGUACAGGAGCCUCUCAAACGGCAUAUCCAAAACUCCAGAGAAGUGCUAGUUGAUGCACUCUACAACAUCGAGCCCCUCCUAGACUGUAUGAUUGCAGCCAAUCUCUUAACCCAGGAUAACUUCUUUGAUGUCCGGGCUGAGAAAAACCCCAGAAAUAAAGCCAGGAAGCUGCUGGAGGUGGUGCAGCACCAGAUGGAUGAGGAGAAGGUAUAUGACUUCUUGGAGUGUUUGAAGAAGUGCAAGAAACAGUACCCCCGGCUCAAAGACUGGCUGGUGACAGACAUAGAUCUCCAUCAAGGACCAACAGAGCAGAAGCUGAGAGCACAAAUAAGUGAGAUAUGCCAGCGACUUGGCCACAAUGUCGACCCCAUCUCCAUUAAACUGUUUUCUGAAGAGACGCUAUCCCAUUUUGAGCUGGAGCAGGUGCAGGGUAGUAGCACCUUAUUUACGAAGGCUCAGGUCAUCAUUUCUGCAUGUCUAGCUAAGGGCGAAAAGGCGUGCAAGAGUUUUUACCAGGCUCUCCAUGAAGUUGACAAAAUGCUGGCUGAGGAUUUAGAAGGAGGGAAAUUAUCAAAUCCUGCUGUUGACUUCAGCCUCACCAGUAAACAAGAACUGGAAGCCAGCAGCAACUUUCAUUUCAGCCAAUCUGUGGAAAUGCCUGGCAUCUCGAUUCCAACAGCAGUGCAGGAGUCGCAGCAAAUAACUGAAGCAGAGGUGCAGAGACUGACCCUCCGGAUGGAGUAUGGCGAAGAUGUUGAAUUAGACCAAUGGGAGAGUGAACUCAUUGCCAACAUCCUCAGUCAGCUCAAAUUGCAGGUGGGUCCAGAAGCGAAGCUGAAUGCAUGUGAGCUGGGCUUGGCUUUGGGCCUGUCAAGAGCAGUGGUCCGAGAGUGCAUUCUGGAGCUGGACAGCAUUGGAGACCUGAUGCAGCUUGCGGCCGUUGUACAUUGCUUCUGGGAGAAAACUCAAGACCAGACGCGGCUCUUACAAAAGGUCGCUGCCUGCAAUACAAAAAGGCUAAUGUUAUCAGAAAGGGGAAAACAUCUGCUUCUUCUGCUCCAGAUGAUCAUGGCCAAUAUAGAAAGAGGAAUGAACAAUGAGCCUCAGUGGCAGCGGGUUUUCCACUUUAUACUGCUAGACUGCUUUGUGGAGGCCGAAGAGUGCUGCUUUCAGGUAGACCGGACAGAUCCCCUGGCUAUACUUAAGUGCAUGAAGGAGAACGUUGUGGUGGACCACUCUCUGAUUCAGGAGCUGGCAUGUUCCUGGAACGAGAAAACGAUCGAGAGCUAUCAGCAGCGUGUCCGACUUCUAGCCCAGCUUGUGCGAGACCUUUUUCCUCUUCUGGAUUGCGUGCAGUUUGAUGGAGUGCUACAGGGGGAGGUCCAUCGGUGUAAACCCCGGCAAUUGCACCGGGUGACUAACUUUAUUGGAAUGCCCCCAAGAAAAAUCCGUAAGGUGUUUGAUGAGAAGAUGGUACCUAGUAAAGGCAAAUUUGUGAUGAAUCCUGUAGACUGGACUGUCCAAUAUGGAGACAUCUGUGUUCUAGCUGCCAACCUGCUGUACUCUGUCUGUCCAGGGGAAACUGGUGCACAGAUCACUGCGACUAACCUCUCGGAACUCAUGCAAGAAAUUCAGGUUCUUCUGUCCAAGCCAGCAUUUGAUGCUCAGUGCUUUGAUGCCGGUGUGAAACUACAGCUGCUUUCUCUUCUGGAUUUCAGCCCCCCAGUCCUGGCUGUACCCACUCUAAUAAAUUUGCACUGGAACACGCUGUGCAGACUGGCAGAGUAUUUGAAAACCAGUGAGCGGCACUCCUUCCAGUUCGCUAUUGAAGAGGUUUGGCUGCAGGACAGCUCAGAUUCCUUUCAAGGUGUUUGCAGCGUCCGCAAUCCGGUAACCAUUGACAAUGGGGUUGAAGAGGUCUUUCAGUUUUCAACAACUAAAUCCUCCUCCUUUAUUGUACAGCUUCACUGUCGUGGCUAUCAGGAUGACAAACUCUUCACUUGCAGGAGGCCAGCGGCUUUCCGAAUACGUGGACUGCCAGAGACCGCAGUGGCGGAGCUGAAAGCACUCGGGGGCAGAGUGCUGUUGGCAAAGGAAGGACUGGUGUGGCUCAGAGAUGAAAGUCAUGGAGGACUGAAAAAACAACUGCAGUCCCUAAGCCAGAGUCAUGGGGCUCAGGUCAAUGAGGCAGGCUGCUGCUUUUUCAUUCAGUCUAGUGAUGCCAAUUGUGAAAUCAGGUUUAUCUACAAGAAUGGCAGCAUUGCUGCCAUGGCACAAAAUAAUGCAAAGGUGCUAUGAAUUCUGGGAGAAGACUGCUGUCACAGGAUGGAGUCACCACAAAUUGUUCUAAACCUGAGAGCUGCUGGUGCUUAACUCUUGAGAAAGCAGAUCAGACCAUUCCAGCUCUGAAACACUUGAUGUAAUUUUAGCAGCUUUUUAAAUUUAACUGCCACCAUGGUCUAUCGUGCCACACCAAACAGAUUAGUGGCCACGAUUGGGUUUACAGUGGAGAUGUCUUCCCCAGACACUUUUUACAAUGUUCAGUUGAGUAAGACACUUUUCUCAAAGUUCAGAAGUGAAGUUCAAGUUUCACUCAGUUCAGUUUCAGAAGCCACUGUUUUGUGCUACUUGUCCAUAGCAAUUCAAUCGAUCUUCUCUGGUGCGUGUAUAUGGGUGGGAAGUGGGGGUCUACUCUGACAUUUUUGGCUGUUUGUUGAAAAGUAGCUCCAGUUUGCUCCUCUUUUAUGCCAAUGCUGUUUAAAAGAACACAGGUCCUAUAAUGAAAUUUCUUUCCGGUAGAGGUACUCCCCAUGCUGCCUUAUUGGCACACGGUGGGCCUGAGAUGGGUAUGAGCAUCAUUACCUGGUUUCAGACCAAGUCAGGGCACUUUAAACAACAGUGAAAUAUUCCUCAUGCCCUGUAUAACAAAAGUCAAAAUGUUAAAGCUGAAAUACAGUACUUGCAAACACAGAUAACCUCUUGGAUGAAGAGUCCAUUUUACAUAUACAGUCUGUUUAUGUCUGAGUCUUAUUGUUUACUACCUGAUGACUUUAUCUUGAAAGUCACUAGAUAUGCACAUAUUUAUUUUUAGAAGAAAAUAUGCAUCUGCUGGGAAUGUACUGGUACUUGCAUGUAGAAAAGUAGCUGUGAUACAAACACAUUAUAAACAUUUUUCCUUUUGCAGCCACUCAAUGGAGAAAAACAUUUAAAUGUUUUCAAAUAAAAGCAAUCAAUUUCUUGAGCGGAACUGCUAGAAUGAUAGCUAAGCAGCCUGAAUAUCUCAUUCACCCCUUUUGAUGAAGUCUUCACCUCGCACAACUCUGAAUGACGCAAUGCCUCCUGGUCUGAAAUGCUCUUAACCACUGGAUUCCCCAGCGCACAGUUCAGAGUUCUCAUCUCUCACUUUCACAAUUCUGGAGUUCCACCUGACAUCCUCCCAUCGUCUCCUCACAGUGGGAUAUGUGUUAUACUUCCAAGGGUACUUACAAGUGCUCUUCUCUGCAAAAACACACAUCAGAUGUAGAUACAGAUCCUGCUUUAGUGGAGAAGACGUCUUUUAUUUUCCCCCCAUUCCUCUAUUCAGACUGCAAUCCAGAGAAGACAAAGUUGAGGAAAGGUUUCAUUAGCCGAGCAGAACAGAGGCUUUCUUGUGACCUGCAUCGGAAGUUCAAGUUUAUUGUUGAAUAUUCAGUGUGAUGAAGUCCUUACUUGCCUGGGAACAGCUGAGAAAAAUACAAUUCCAACAAAAACACACACAGAGAAAACUUUAUACAGUAUGUACAGUAUGUGUGUGUAUACAGUGUGUGUGUGUGUAUAUAUAUAUAUACUGUAUAUAUCAUGCAAAAUAUAUCUAUACAAUACAUACAGUUACUAGUAUUUAUUUAUAUGCACAGACUCGUGGGUUAUAAGUUAUGAAGGGCUCGGUUAGAGCAGUACCCAGACAAAAUAUGGGAUCAGUCAUCAGUUCAUGGUGGUUUAUUCAGUGCUGUCAUUACGUGUUCUCUAACUGCAUGAGCUACUGAAUCAUUGUCAAAAACUGCAGGAUGUUUAGGCAUAAGGUACUCUACAGUGUGCUCUACAGCGCCAUGCUUCAGUUUAAAUUAAGUUUUGUGAUUUACAGAAAAGUAAAGUAACAUUGCUUCACUGUCAUUUUAUUAAGUCUGAGAUGUUUUUUCCAUAAAGUAAUAAAGCAUUACAGUAAUCCCUCGCUAUAUCGCUCUUUGACUUUCACGGCCUCACUCCAUCGCGGAUUUUAAGUGUAAGCACAGCACAUCUAAAUAUAGAUCACAGAUUUUUUGCUGGUUUGCAGAUUUCUGCGGACAAUUAGUCUUUUAAUUUAAAGUACAUGCUUCCU